CGAAACAUAUUUUCUCAGUCCGUUACUGACUGUCCGUUCGUUAAGACGCACGCAGUAAGUUCUGUUUGCAACGCUACGGUACGGAAGAUUUUCCACAGAGCAACCGCGCGUGCGUAUGUUGUCUGUGCCUGAACACCCCGACGGUCGAAUAGUUUUUGUUUGCGAGUGCAGUGUGCAUGUGGUGCGUAUCGCUCCUGGUGCCGUUCUUUUUUUUUGGUUAAAGGUGCAUUUUCCAUAUGUGAAAUGUGAAACUCCAUGUGUUGUGCAGUGAAGAUAAAACGGCCAGUAAAAGGAGACGCAACAGACGGAGCAAGGAAUAAAAAAAAACACACAGAAGAAAGAAAUGUUUCAAAAGAAGAGAGCAUAAAAGUAAAGCAUUUUACCGAUCAUGUGUUUAAGGGGUUUAUCAUAGAGCAAGUGACUAAAAAUUGGAAUUUAAAAAAGAAGGCUUAAAUCGGCAUUACCACAGUGAACAAGCGUAUGUUGGAUGAUCAUUAUAAAAGUGUCGCAGAAAAAAAAAGUGCAUUUCAUUGAGCGCAAACAAAUAAUCAGUGUAUUGAAGUGCAGAAACAAAACAAAAAAAAUAGUCAGCAACAACAGCGAAACGAACACCGAAACCGAGUAGGAAAGAAAGAAAACAACAAACACGGAAUAGUAUCGGAUCGAUUGUCAUUCGAUCUGCGAUAUUUGUCCUUUGCGUUCGAAGUGUUCGGUAUCAUCGCGAACCGCAAAAAAAGGUACAUCAAGUGUAAUGCCGCAAAUCGUUGUGGUUUAAACGAAGAAGUGAACGGUUUUUUCCAAACGGAAAUCUGAAAAGCAACAGCGAACAAAUUGGAUUACGCAAAAAACGGAUCACACGGUUACGCUAGGAAGCUGUCAACACACAAUCAGAACGCAUCCUACAAACGUUAUUACGGUGGUGUAAAUCCAUACUUACGAAACGACCAUGCAGCUGGCCAGGUUCAAGGUGGAUGAAUGUGUGAAACCGUGCGUCAUCGAACCGUCUGGUGAACGAUCGACGAUCGCGUAAAAACGAGGAAGGACCAAUAGUGCGACCAGUGCGAGCAAUCAGAAGGAGCGAUUGUGAAGUGAUUGUGGAGUUGUUUUGUGUUAUGUUGCUUAAAAAAAUAUCCAUAAUUAUGGCUCCAAGGGGGGUAUAUUGGUGGUGUAUUGUGGCAGUCUUCGUAAGUCUGUGCAUUGCGCAAAGUACACCGUACAAGCUAUCACAAUCCGACCCGGACACGAUACGGAUCAAUUUAGGCAAUAAAAAGCUCGUGAAGGAAACGGUCCCACUCUAUACAAAGUUGAUCAUCAAGUGCAAUUUCGACAGUCCCACGUGGUAUAGGAAUGGCAAAUUGAUUGCAGUGGAUCAUAAGCGUGCGAAAUCACUUCGUUUUGAACAAGUUCGCAAAACUGAUGCCGGUUACUAUUCAUGCGGUUCCGAAUUUAACGAAUGGUCCAAUCUGACACUGUCCGUGUUCAGCCAGGAAACGGACCAAUACCAGAGCGAUGGUGCCGGAAUGGCAAAUCUAGAACGCAAAAGUUUGCAUGCAACAUCAUCCGGUCCCGCGUCCAGUGGUGUUAAGCCGCUAGACAUACUAGACAACGAACUGAAGGAAGGUCCUCCGCGUAUACUUGGUACACGGGACGAUUCAUACCCGAGCUCGGUAGUGCGUGAGGUGGGUGAAGAUUAUCGAUUAAAGUGUGACGCGAUCGGUCAGCCAAUACCGCACAUAAGCUGGCAGAAGGAUGGCCAAGAAUAUCGUGACAAUUCGUACAAAUCGACCAUCGUGUUCAAGCAGCUAAUGCCGACGGACGCCGGAACAUACGUGUGCGUGGUGUGCAAUGUGCAUGGCUGCGUUAAUUCUACUACCGAGCUAGAGGUCGUAGAAUCGGGAGAACUUGAGCCUGCAUAUAUUCAGCACAACACGAUGGAAAGCCAUUCGCAGGUGCAGGGAGAUGUACGAUCGGGUCCCGCCCAAGACACGGUGAUGGUGCGAGCCAUGGGACGAUACUAUCCUGUUGCGACCGAGAAACGGCUGCAACAGCCCGAAGAGGACUUGGAAGAUGAAGAUGAGGACGAUGAGGGUGAAGACCCGACAAAUGGAACCGGUGUCCAUGGUGCUGAAACGACGGAGGAUAGUGCUGGAGCAGUGAAUGGGUCCGGUACGCCACCGCCCGACCGUUGGCCCGAAUUCAUGAAGAAGGAACACAUGCCAAAGAUUGUGUCUAAACCAUCGGGCAACAUGGUACGGUUGCGGUGUCCUGCCGACGGGUAUCCGAAACCAAACAUAACCUGGACGAAGGAUAGGCGCGAAAUUGAACGCACCAUGGGCCAAGUGAAGAAGGUUAACUGGGCAAUCGUGCUGGAGGAUCUAGUGCCACAGGAUUCCGGCUUUUACACCUGUAUUGUAUGUAACCGUGUGGGAUGCAUCGACUUCACUACCAAACUCGAAGUGAAAGAUCGCUUUCCAGCACGUCCACUUUUUACCGAACGUCCGAAGAAUGUGACCACACUGGUUAACACCACCGCCAUCUUUCGCUGCCCGACUCUGUCCGAACUGGAACCACACAUUGAGUGGGUGAAGCUACGAAUUGUCGAGUUGGAAAAUGUGUCCAUACCGGAAAAUCUUAAACUACAGCGCGAUCCGGACAAUCCAGAAGUGCUGACGUUGGAAAACGUAACUCACGCAGACGAAGGUUGGUAUACCUGUAUUGCGGCCAACAGUCUUGGUGCAUCGUACGAGAGUGCUUAUCUGCAGGUGUUGGACGAACUGCCACCGGAAGAUAAUCCGACGGCCCAUCCCGUUAGAACUCACUCGACGCUGAUCAUGGGCAUGACGUUCUUUCUGUGCGUCUGCUUCCUGGUGCUAGCCGGUGUGGUAAUCAUUGUCUGCAAAAAGUUAAAGCGCGAAAAGAUGAAGCAUCGUGCCAUGGAACACGUAAACCAAUGGACGAAGAAGGUGAUCGUGUUGAAGCAACCGAUCGUCGAGAGCAGCAUACCGGGCAUGUCAGAGGCAUUGCAAAUGCCGAUUGUUCGCAUCGAAAAACAACGUUCGACGCUAGUGCAAAGUGGAAACUGUGAUCCCACCAUGAUCUCUGAGUACGAAUUUCCGAUUGAUUUGAAUUGGGAAUUUCCCCGCAACAAGCUGCAUCUUGGCAAGAGUCUCGGUGAGGGAAUGUUUGGAAAGGUCGUCAUGGCUGAAGCGCACGGGCUUGUUAAAGGUCAUCCAUCUACCGUGGUUGCGGUUAAGAUGUUAAAGGAGGGACACACGGAUGCCGAUGUGAAGGAUCUCGUAUGCGAAAUGGAGGUAAUGAAGAUGAUCGGAAAGCAUGUGAAUAUCAUCAAUCUACUGGGAUGUUGCUGCAAGGAUGGACCGCUGUACGUGAUUGUGGAGUACGCUCCACAUGGCAAUCUGAAGAAUUUUCUACGAAGUCAUCGCUUUGGAUCAAACUACGAGGCAACCAAUGAGAAGGAAAAGAAAAUUCUCACCCAAAAGGAGCUUAUUUCGUUCGCGUAUCAGAUAGCAAGGGGCAUGGAACAUUUGGCUUCGAGAAGGUGCAUUCAUCGAGAUUUGGCGGCCCGAAAUAUACUGGUAAGCGAUAACUACGUGAUGAAGAUAGCCGAUUUUGGAUUAGCAAGAGACAUCCACGAUCAGGAAUAUUACCGAAAGACGACAACUGGUAAACUACCGAUCCGAUGGAUGGCACCGGAAUCUCUGGAAGAAAAGUUCUACGACUCACAAAGCGAUGUAUGGUCUUUUGGCGUUCUUUUGUGGGAAAUUAUGACACUAGGAGGAAAUCCAUAUCCGUCGAUACCAACGUGGGAUAACUUGUUGGAACACUUAAAAAAAGGGAAACGGAUGGAAAAACCUCCCCUUUGUUCGAUUGAAAUAUAUCUUUUCAUGCGAGAGUGUUGGCAUUAUCGACCGGAAGAGCGGCCCACGUUCAGUGAAAUUGUGCAACACUUGGAUCGGCUUGUGAGCAUAACGUCCAAUGAAGAGUACCUAGACCUAGGAUUACCGCAACUAGAAACACCCCCCUCUAGUGACGAUAGCAACGACGAAGAGGAUGAGGAAGAUUGUGACGAUCAAACGGGCACGGAACACGAACGUGUACAUAUGUAUCGAUUUAAUAGAAGCUACAACAACGACUGUAUCUACUAACCAUUGUGCCAAGCAGAAAGGGUAUAAUUAUUUAAGAUGAGUCUCGUUUUGAGCAAUCUCAUUGUAGAAUAUUUAUUUUAAAGCGUUGGGUGAAUGUGAUUGUAUGUUUGUGUAGAAGCUAGAAUUGUUUGGUGCAAAGCUUUUCAGUAGUUCUGAAUGGUAAAACUGUCAUCACCACUGGAUGGUGUUAGUAGGAUAAGACAACGACUGCAGCUGUACAGAAUCAGGAAGAGAGGAGCACGAAAGAUAAACCUCUAGGAUGAAUGGGUUUUAUAGGGACGAUCUCCGGUUUAGGAAGCGAUAUGAAUAAUUGUAGCAAGAUGAGCUUCAAAUUCUCCGGGCAUCAUUUGGCGCGAAUUGUUUAUCUCCCUAAAGGAAGAGAUCAUCAUGGUAGAGUCGUAAUAACUGCAGAAUAACCAAGCAAUAGAAUGGUGUAAGAUGAGAAUACAAUGUCCAAUGUAGGAUUACAAUUAUCAGAUCAUGGAAAGUUAACGAAUGCUUAUUUGCUUCACAACAAGUUCGUGUAAGGGUUGGAGGACUUUUAGUAUCCAGCAUGGUUGUUACACGUGUCGCAUGCUAAUAGACGUUAAGUUUGAACAAGACUGUAUUUAUUUGAUGUAAUUAAGAUCCGCUUAGCCGUUAAUUAGCAACAAAACUAAGGAGGGAAAACUAGUCAAUAACUGCAGAUCCUUUCGAGCAGCACAUCCAAAUCUUAUUGUGUAAAAACCAGUACCAUGACCACAUUGAGGCCAUUACAUGUUUAUUCAUUUUAUAUGUCGAAGAUUGCUUUACGAGUCAUGAUUUGAACGCCAAAGCAAUCCCAAUCCGAGUUUAGUAGUCACGUAAUUACGUGUGUAUUUUAAUGAAAUUACUUUAAGUGACAAAUUUCGAAAAUGUAAGAGCGAAAAACAGAAUGGUGUUUACAACGAAUCGGGUUUAGCUUCAUGAAAGGUUUACUGUUUAUGGAAGAAAAGAUAUAGUGAAAUGUGGACGGUAUAGGACAAUUCUGUAGGACAUCCCAUGGAGGUCACAUGCAUACGUAAGAGUAGGUAGCUUGGGAACAAGUCCAACGAGUAUUAUUGUACAUAGAUUGUAGAUGAGCAAAACAACCAAAACUGACAAACAAUUGUAAAAAAUCGAAACUAUGAAUAAAGUUUAAGCAAAAUAACCAAUUUA